AUUGGCAAAUUGUAAAGUCACGGAGAGUCUUUCACUCUCUUGACGCCUUUUCUUUCUUCGGCUGAGAGAGAGAAACGGAAUCAACUUAUUAUUAGCUUUUGCUUUGUGUGACUGAGGCAGCGAAAAUAAAAGAAAAAUGUGGGCAAACGCAGAAGGUGGUGCUCCGGAGGUUACUCUAGAAACUUCCAUGGGUUCUUUCACUGUUGAACUGUACUACAAGCACGCACCAAGGACUUGCAGGAACUUCAUUGAAUUGUCUCGCAGAGGUUAUUACAACAAUGUUAAGUUCCACAGAAUCAUCAAGGACUUCAUUGUACAAGGAGGGGAUCCCACUGGGACUGGAAGGGGAGGAGAGUCUAUAUAUGGACCGAAAUUUGAAGACGAGAUUAGACAAGAGUUGAAGCACACUGGAGCUGGUAUCUUAUCCAUGGCAAAUGCUGGCCCAAAUACUAAUGGCAGUCAAUUCUUUAUUACUCUAGCACCAUGCCCUUCUCUUGAUGGAAAACACACAAUAUUUGGGAGAGUAUGUCGUGGGAUGGAAAUUAUCAAAAGACUUGGCAGUGUCCAAACAGAUAACAAUGAUAGGCCCAUCCAUGACGUGAAGAUAUUACGGACAUCAGUCAAGGAUUGAGAUGUAUAUCUAUGACGUCGUUAAUUGUGGUUCUAUCACCAGUUCGCAGCAAACAGUUGUGACUUGAAAUUCUCCUAUAUUAAGCACUAAGAUUUAUCCGUAGUGCCUGCUUUGACCUGUAGACUGUUGUAUUGCAAGAAUAUUUAGAGAUUCGACUAUAAUGCAGAAUGUAGCAUCAAUGGAAAGGAUUAAGAUUUUCUAAAGUAAAGAAGUUGGUAAAGUAAUAAAGUGAAGAGUUGAUUACUUUUAGUGCA